AUGAGGAUCACUAUAUUUGACAACUUCCCGCCCAUUAACGGCGUUCGAUGGUUCAACGUUUGGGUCUUCAUACUCACACCGCUGCUGGGACUAGCGGGAUUCUUCUACGCUCCUUCGUCUCGCGCGACGGCGGCAUUUUCGAUUCUGUACUACGUGUUCUCUAUGUUAGGCUAUCAUCGCUUGUGGUCCCAUAGGUCCUAUAACGCGUCUAUUCCCUUGCAGCUGUUUUUGCUUGCUGCCGGUACGAGCGCGGCCCAGGGAUCUGCCCUUUUUUGGGCUCGUUCCCACCGCUCUCACCAUCGCUAUACAGACACUGACAAAGACCCAUACAAUGCUAACCGUGGAUUCUGGUGGAACCACCUCGGCUGGAUGGUUUUUAUCACCGACUUGCAUUCCGGCGCUGUGGACUCCUCUGACCUGAAGAAGGACAAACUCCUCCAGCUUCAACAUUCGUGGUACUUCUUCCUUCUCCCAAUCUGGGCCAUCCUCGUGCCCACUGCGAUACCUGGAUACUUUUGGGGAGAUUGGAUAGGUGGCUUCUGUUUCGCGACGAUGCUCCGUAUGUCCUUCGCUCAUCAUAGUACCUUUGCAUUGAAUUCUGUCGCUCACUACCUAGGAUCAGCCCCCUUCGACGACAGGUUGACUCCUAGAGAUCAUUUCAUUACAGCUAUCGUGACGAUGGGUGAGGGAUAUCACAAUUUCCACCACCAGUUCCCCAUGGACUAUCGCAACGCCAUUCGGUGGUACCAGUUUGACCCCACCAAAUGGUUCAUCACGAUUUGCAAAAUUCUCGGUCUUGCUAAUCAUCUUCGCACAUUCUCUGGGAACGAGAUCGCGAAGGGUCAAUUGACCAUGAAGCUGAAAGACCUCAAACGCGUCCAGGAAGAAAUCACCUGGCCUACGCCGACCGAAAAGCUUCCAGUCAUUACCUGGGACACGUUCCAAAAGGAAUCAAAGAAUUGUCCCCUCAUUUUGAUUGCUGGUUUCAUCCAUGACGUCUCCUCUUUCAUAAAAGAGCAUCCCGGAGGGUCGGACAUUCUGAAUCAAAGUUCAGGCAAAGACAUGACCCCCGCCUUCUUUGGUGGCGUCUACAACCACUCAAAUGCGGCCCAUAAUCUGCUUUCCAUGUUACGUGUCGGAGUUCUGGAAAAUGGUGUGGAGACACCAGCAGAGCCCGUCAAACCCGAGCAUGUCAUACCUCCAUCGCAAAGUUUGUACGUGGCCUCGCGCCGUCCGGGCAUCUAA